AUGACUACGAUUCGCAGAUUUUGCUGCAAUGAUCUUCUUCGUUUUACCUCUGUCAAUCUUGACCACCUCACUGAAACUUUCAAUAUGUCAUUUUAUAUGACCUAUUUAGCAAGAUGGCCCGACUAUUUUCAUGUUGCCGAAGCCCCGGGACACCGAAUCAUGGGUUACAUUAUGGGAAAGGUUGAAGGGCAAGGUGAGUCAUGGCAUGGUCAUGUAACUGCAGUAACUGUUGCGCCAGAAUAUCGCAGGCAGCAAUUGGCCAAGAAACUCAUGAACUUGCUGGAAGACUUUAGUGAUAAGAUUGAUAAGGGUUACUUUGUUGAUCUUUUUGUGAGAGCAUCAAACACACCAGCCAUAAAGAUGUAUGAAAAGCUUGGUUACGUGAUCUAUAGACGAGUCCUACGGUAUUAUUCAGGGGAGGAAGAUGGGUUAGAUAUGAGGAAAGCAUUAUCUCGGGACGUUGAAAAGAAGUCAAUCAUACCCCUCAAACGGCCGGUUACUCCUGAUGAAUUAGAGUAUGACUAA